AUUUCUUCCCACAGCUGGAUCUGUCAUUUUACCCAGUUGUCUCAAUAUGAAAACGGUUUCAGAAGAAAAUAAAUGGCAGAAUGAAGAUCCAUAUUUAAGUGUACUACAGAAUGAAGAUCCCCACAAUGUAGAAACAAUGGAUAUGAAGAAUGAGAAAACUGACAUAUUAUAUAAGAUUGAAGAUACUCCACCAUGGUAUCUUUGCAUUUUUCUUGGGUUACAGCACUACCUCACUUGCUUCAGUGGAACCAUUGCUAUACCUUUUCUACUUGCAAACGCACUAUGUGUUGGAAAAGAUCAGCAUACUGUGAGCCAAUUAAUAGGGACAAUAUUCACUUGUGUAGGAAUCACUACAUUUAUCCAAACGACAAUAGGCAUAAGACUCCCACUCUUUCAAGCCAGCGCCUUUGCCUUUUUGGUUCCUGCACGAGCCAUAUUAACACUGGAGAAAUGGAAAUGUCCAUCUGAAGAAGUAAUAUAUGGUAAUGGAACCGCGCCCUUUAAUACUUCACACAUCUGGCAGCCACGAAUUAGAGAGAUACAAGGUGCAAUUAUAGUCUCAAGUUUAGUAGAAGUAAUAAUUGGGUUUAUUGGCUUACCAGGAGCACUGCUCAGCUAUAUUGGACCUCUUACUGUUGCACCAACAAUUUCUUUGAUUGGACUUUCUGUAUUUGAAGCUGCAGGACAAAGAGCAGGAUCCCACUGGGGCAUAUCAAUCAUGACUCUUGUGUUGAUAAUAUUGUUUGCCCAGUACCUCCGAAACAAAACCUUUAUCUUCCCAGGCUACCAAUAUGGAAAAGGUCUACGGACAUAUAAAAUACAAAUCUUCAAGAUGUUUCCGAUAAUAUUGGCUGUUAUGGUAAUGUGGCUGCUGUGUUAUAUUUUGACUCUGAGUGACGUAUUUCCAGAAAAUAAUAUGUCUUAUGGAUAUGCUGCCAGAACUGAUGCAAGGGGUGAAAUUAUGUCCAGUUCUCCAUGGUUCCAGUUUCCGUAUCCAUGUCAGUGGGGAAUGCCUACAAUAACAAUAGCUGGUGUUUUAGGAAUGUUUAGUGCGACCUUGGCUGGAAUUAUUGAAUCAAUGGGGGAUUACUAUGCCUGCGCUCGGUUAUCAGGGGCUCCUCCUCCACCCGUUCAUGCUAUUAACAGGGGUAUAUUUAUUGAAGGAGUAUGCUGUGUUAUUGCUGGUUUACUUGGAACUGGAAAUGGAUCUACUUCAUCAAGUCCAAAUAUAGGUGUUUUAGGAAUCACAAAGGUUGGCAGUAGAAGAGUUGUACAAUAUGGUGCUGGAAUCAUGUUUAUUUUAGGAACAGUAGGAAAAUUUACAGCACUAUUUGCUUCAAUCCCUGAUCCGAUUCUUGGUGGAAUGUUUUGCACAUUGUUUGGCAUGAUAACAGCUAUUGGCCUCUCUAAUCUUCAGUUUGUUGACAUGAAUUCUUCUCGAAAUUUGUUUGUGUUGGGUUUUUCCCUGUUUUUUGGAUUAGCAUUACCAAACUUCUUAGACUCACACCCUAACUAUAUAAAAACAGGGAUAACAGAAAUGGAUCAAAUAUUGACUGUGCUUUUAACAACAGAAAUGUUUGUAGGUGGCUGCAUUGCAUUUUUUCUGGACAAUACUCUACCAGGGACUCAAGAAGAACGUGGAAUAAAAAAGUGGAAGCAGGGAGCUGAUGUGAACACUCAGACGUCUGAAGAUCUUAAAAGUUAUGAUUUCCCCUGUGGAAUGAAUAUAAUUAGACAAAUACAGUGCUUUAGAAGUAUACCUAUUUGUCCACUUUUUAAAGGAUUUAAAUCAAUAAAAUGGCAGACAUGGUCAACUAACACAGGUAGUAAAGACAACAUGUCUAUGUGUACAAAAGUGUAAUAUACAUCAUUGUUUUUUUUCAUAAUGCAUACCAUGCAUGUUCAAGAUGUUGAUCACACAUAGAAUAAGCUAUUUAAAGACAAUUAAAUGGUGGAUUUUACCAA